AUGCUUCAAUAUGCCGUUGAAAAUUUGAAAAAGCACUUUGAGGCUUCUACCUACGUAAGCUGUGCACUUGAAGAGCAGCAGAAAAGAAUGGAAAAUCAAGUGGCUUUUGUGUGGAGUCAGCAGGAAAAACUAAACAAUUCUGAAACUCUGCUGUUAUCCUCAAUACAAGAGAGUCUUCAGAUGGUCAACAGAGCAUUACAUGAGACAGAAAAGAGGAAUCACUCUCAGCCAUCCUACACGCAGAUGUUUGCAUUGUCCAGAGAAGCAGCAGCAGCAGGAAGUAAUGAAAUAAAUGCAGCAGAAGUCUUUCAAACCACUCUGCAACUUUUAAAGAAAAAGGAAAGUAGGAGGCAGAAAAGAUCAGUCUCGGCUUCAGAGUUCCUUUCCCUGGAGGAAGUAAAGCUGAUAGCAAACCUGUCUGGGUGUCCUUCACCCCUACAGCCAGCCAGCUGUCCCAUAGGAGGAGAUUCUGAGAAAUACCGCACCAUCUCUGGAGUGUGCAAUAACAGAAAUAAACCUCUUUGGGGAGCAGCCAGCACGGUCUUGGCCAGAUGGCUCCCAGCAGAGUAUGAAGAUGGAGAAAGCCAACCAAAAGGCUGGAACAUUGGGCACCAGUACAGAGGCUUCCAUCUUCCCCCUGUUCGGGAAGUCAGCAACAAAAUUAUGCAAAUCUCCAGCGAGUGCUGCUUAGAAGAUGAGGCGUAUUCCCAGAUGCUGGUGGACUGGGGUCAGUAUAUAGACCAUGACAUCUCCUUCACUCCUCAAAGCACAAGCAAAGCUGCAUUUUUGGAGGGAGUCAACUGCCUACACAUGUGUGGAAAUUCCAAUCCUUGCUUUCCAAUUCAGAUUCCUCUGCAUGAUAAACUAUUUGGAAGUAAGAGCUGUCUCCCAUUUUUUCGCUCCGCACCAGCCUGCCUAAAUGGCCUGACACACACUCUACACCCACAACAGCUGCUGCAGAGACAGCAGAUGAAUUCAAUCACUUCCUUCCUCGAUGCUUCUACUGUCUAUGGACACUCUAUUGAAUUACAGAAAAUGCUCAGGAACUUCUCAAGCUCUGAGGGCUUGCUCACAGUUAACCGUGAGCACACUGAUACAGCAGGUCGUGCUUACCUGCCGUUUGUCAAUAACCCUACGUCUGCAUGCUUUCAAGAGCCAGGUACAGGCCUGAGAAAACGCCUGGAGUGUUUUCUUGCUGGAGAUAGCAGGGUGAAUGAGAUUCUGCCUCUGAUUGCUCUUCACACAGUUUGGGUGAGAGAGCACAAUCGCAUUGCCACACAACUGAAACAACUGAACACCCACUGGAGUGCCAACACGAUCUAUCAAGAGAGCCGGAAAAUCGUCGGAGCUUUGCAUCAGAUCAUCACCAUGAGAGAUUAUAUUCCAAAAAUCAUAGGAGAAGAAACAUUUAAUCAAACCAUUGGACCUUAUGAUGGUUAUGAUGAUGCGAUAAAUCCUUCCAUCUCCAAUGUUUUCGCCACCGCUGCAUUCCGCUUCGGCCAUGCCACCAUCUCGACACACAUCAGAAGACUGAACGAGAGUUUCCAGGAGCAUGAUACCUUUCCUUCCUUAAAACUACAUCAAACCUUCUUCAGUCCAUGGCGAAUAAUCAAAGAAGGAGGACUGGAUCCAAUAUUACGAGGUCUCAUAAGUCAACCAGCUGCCAGACAAAACCAACAUCAUCUGAUGAAUGAGGAGCUGAAGGAGAAACUCAUGGUGCUCACUAUUCCAGAGGCACUUGAUCUGGCAGCUCUAAACCUCCAAAGAGGACGAGAUCACGGCCUGCCAGGUUACAAUGACUGGAGGGUGUUUUGUGGAUAUGACAGAGUGCAAAGCAAAGCAGAUCUGAAGGAUGUGAUACAUGACAGGGCUUUGGUGGAAAAGAUAAUGGAUCUGUAUGGGCAUCCUGAUAAUAUUGAUGUGUGGCUGGCAGGUCUGCUGGAGGAUUCAGUACCUGGCACGAGGACAGGCCCUCUAUUUGCAUGCUUGAUCGGAAAACAGAUGAAGAUGCUCAGAGAAGGUGACAGAUUCUGGUGGGAAAAGCCGGGUGUGUUUUCCCAGCAGCAGAGACAAGAGCUACAGAGACAUUCACUGUCUCGAGUCUUAUGUGACAACAGUGGGCUGACAGAGGUUCCCAUUGAUCCCUUCAGUGCAGGAAAGUACCCUGAACACUUUCGCUCAUGCACCACCAUACCUUCAAUGGACCUGGAUGUAUGGAAGGAGGACCCAGAAAAAUGAAGUACAUGUUAACUGAGAAAUUACAGCACUAUAAGUAUAUAAAGUAUCCUCUCUAUACUAGA